AGCAGAGAUAAUCUCCGUGCCAGAGGCUUCCAAUGUCUUCCUCAACUUCCACCAGCACUUUGCCCAGUGGCCUGGCGGUCCUGACGACCUUCCCAGAUGUGCUCUUCAUCCCUGAAAUCGUGUUUGCAUUUGCGGCCACCCUGGUUUAUGUGAUCCACAAGGUGUUCUCGCUCCUGCGGUGGAAAUCGUCCUGAGAGCCUGAGCAACCCCAGGAACAAUGACUGCCGUCUCCAGGCUGGGUUUGGGUUUCAUUUUCUGAUGUAUAGUCUGUAAACAAGCAGCUUUUUAUGUGGGAUCUUGGUGAUGAAGACAAGGAGCCUGCUAGAGAAAGGAAUAUCCUGGUACAAUCUGUUUCCUUUCAAUAUCUUACAGGCUGGGCACAGUUUGAUGGUGGGGCCAAAAAAAAUAAAACCAAAAAAACCCC